AUGACAAAACCCCAGCAGUACGUUGUACGAGAUGGUCAAUGGCAUUACUUGAGUCUUGAAGUCACUCCAGAUCCACAGGUUUAUCAGAAUGACAUACUAGCAGCUGAAUACGAACAAGUAGAGAUCGAUAGUAUAACAUGGAAAUCAGUGAUUCUUUCCUGUUUGAGCAAAGCAUAUGGACUCAUUGGAGAAGGGUCACACUUCGAUAUCCUUCUGAACAAGAAUAAAAGUCUGGUGGUGAGAAUCCACGUCCUUGACCAGGAGAAGUUCAUCAAUAGUCUACUUGCCAACACAUUCAAGUUGAACAAGUUCUACGGAGAAAGUAUCACUGGUGGAGACGUGAAUUGCUACAUCAGAGUGGUCAAACAUUCGGACUACCUUGGCGUCGUUGCCGAUGAGUUAUCAUAG